AUGGCCUGUCGACUUUGUGUUAGUAUGGAAUACAUUGCCUUUUGCAUACAUAUCAUCCAGAAACUACAGUACGGAACGUCAGGAACGUCAGGAACGUCACGUCACGUCGAGAUGCUUUGCGGCAGCCCCACAUUGGCAGCAAAUACGACUUCGGGCUUGGAGAGCGAAGAGCGCACAGGUGCCGGACUUGGUUGUGCGGGUCUCAACGGUGAUAACGGACGUCCAAGAUUCAAGCGAUACAUUUCGGGCAAGCCCGUUGCACCGUUCGGUACAGCAGGUAUCGCGCUAUUGAGCCGCCCAAACGAAGUCUUUCCACCUCUGUUUCGAUGCGUGGAUGUCACGGGAAACAACAUGCUUAAUACUGUAAUGAAACACAGUGAGGUUCUUCGGUUAAUUCGCACGAACAACUCGCAGCACAGUCAGCAGCCGACAGUCAAGCAAGCCGUUUGCAUCGGAUUGGCGGACAAGAUGUUGGGGACCUGCGACAUUGAGGUGUGGAGCGACGAGAAAAGGAGCGAAAGCAAAGAAUUUGGAAAUCCAUCCACGGGAAAGACGAAGAUGCCCAGCAGCUACUGCGCGGGACCCGAAAGGCCCCGGACCUGGCACUGGACUAUGCAGCUAACUUGUGGAUUUACAUGUCAAUUUGACUCCCCUGUCAGCUUCUGA